GCCAUGUCUUCCUCGGGCGCGCUCAGCAACUACUACGUGGACUCCUUCCUCCUCCACGAGAGCGAGGAGCUGGUGCAGUCCCGCUACGCCUCGGCCCCCCUGGGCCAGCCGGGCCGGCAGGCGAGCCUGGCCGAGCACCCCGAGUUCGCGCCCUGCAGCUUCCAGUCCAAGACGUCGGUCUUCAGCGCCUCCUGGAACGCCGUCCACCCGCCGAGCGCUAGCAAUGUGCCCGCCGUCUACCACCCCUACGUGCACCACCAGGCACCCAUGGCAGCGCCCGACGGCAGGUACAUGCGCUCGUGGCUCGAGCCCAUGCCGGGCUCCCUGUCGUUCCCCGCCUUGCCCGCCGGCAGGCAUUACGGCAUUAAACCUGAACCGCUCGCGGCCCGGAGGGGUGACUGUACCACCUUUGACACCCACGCCCUCUCCCUCACUGACUUUGCUUGUGGUUCUCCUCCAGCUGAUAGGGAUAAGCAAGCCAACGACGGGCCGUUCUCGGAAAACAAUGGAGAGGGCGAGGCCGGCGGAGACAAACCCCAGCUCGACCCAAAUAACCCAUCUGCGAACUGGUUACACGCGAGAUCCACCAGGAAAAAGCGCUGCCCUUAUACCAAGCACCAGACGCUGGAGUUGGAAAAAGAAUUCCUGUUCAACAUGUAUCUCACCAGGGACCGACGGUAUGAAGUGGCCCGGCUGCUGAAUUUAACCGAGAGACAAGUAAAAAUCUGGUUUCAGAACCGGAGGAUGAAAAUGAAGAAAAUCAACAAAGACCGAGCAAAGGAUGAAUGAUGCUAGGGUGCGGGUUUAUCAUGUCUCCA